CGCGUCCCGCCACCGCGAGAGUUCAGGGAGGCGCUGGAGGCGCUGGAGGCGCGUCGGCGCGGGAGGAGGUUGUUGAGGCCGCCGCGCAGACGACAUGGACACCGCGGGGAAGGAGCGAGAGGCGGUGCAGCUGAUGGCGGAGGCCGAGAAGCGAGUCAAGGCCUCCCAUUCCUUCCUUCGAGGGCUGUUCGGAGGAAACACAAGAAUUGAAGAGGCCUGUGAAAUGUAUACCAGAGCUGCAAAUAUGUUCAAGAUGGCCAAGAACUGGAGUGCUGCAGGGAAUGCGUUCUGUCAGGCAGCCAAGCUCCACAUGCAGCUGCAGAGCAAACAUGAUUCUGCCACCAGCUUCGUGGACGCCGGGAACGCCUACAAGAAAGCAGACCCCCAAGAGGCUAUCAACUGCUUAAACGCAGCCAUCGACAUUUACACAGACAUGGGCAGGUUCACCAUCGCGGCCAAGCACCACAUCACCAUCGCUGAGAUCUACGAGACGGAGCUGGUAGACAUCGAGAAGGCAAUCGCCCAUUACGAGCAGUCGGCUGAUUACUACAAAGGGGAGGAGUCCAACAGCUCGGCGAACAAGUGUCUGCUGAAGGUGGCGGCCUACGCCGCACAGCUGGAGCAGUACCAGAGAGCCAUCGAGAUCUACGAGCAGGUCGGGGCCAGCACCAUGGACAACCCGUUGCUGAAGUACAGUGCGAAGGACUACUUCUUCAAGGCCGCCCUCUGCCACUUCAUUGUAGACGAGCUGAACGCCAAGCUUGCUCUGGAGAAGUACGAGGAGAUGUUCCCAGCGUUCACUGACUCAAGAGAAUGUAAACUGCUGAAGAAACUCCUAGAAGCUCAUGAAGAACAGAACAGUGAGGCUUACACAGAAGCAGUGAAGGAAUUUGACUCGAUAUCCCGCCUGGACCAGUGGCUCACGACCAUGCUGCUUCGCAUCAAGAAGUCCAUCCAGGGGGACGGCGAGGGCGACGGGGACCUGAAGUGAGGCUGGCGCCCUGGGUGGCUGCGGCCCUCCUGAGUUCCGUGUUGGGCCCGUGACCACGGCAGGGUGCCUGCUCAAUGGCUUGUUUUCAUUGCACACGAGCCCAGCUGUGCGUGUGUGCGUGUGUGUGAGCAGCUGCGUGCGUCCCUGUGAGGCAGGCGGGUGGGAUGGACCAUCCACCCGCCAGAGUCCCCAGAGCUCUAAGAACUGCUUCCGAGCCUCGCUGUGUCACUGUGGUCCGCGCAGCACUUGGGUUUAUGUUGCCGCAUCCGACGGCCUUGGCCCCCAGCCCCCCGCUCUGUAGACGCUUUACAGCUUCUCUGUGACCUUGUGCCUGGAUGUGUUCUCUGAACAUGGCUUGCAGCGCAGGACACCUGUUAGGCAUCAUCGAUGACUUUCCUCGUUGGAAAUUUCUUCUCUUUGCUUUCUCGUGAUUCUUUUGAUGGUGCCAGUGACCAUUUUCCGUGGGUUUAAUGUUGUGUUGGACACGAGCGCACACGUGAGUCAGGAACAGCCAUGUCUGCUGGCCGCCCAGGUGUGGACGGGUGUGGGUGGGCCUGCUGCCCUCACUCACGUACACACGCACUUGGCAGCUCCGUGAGAUCAGGGCUUCCUGUCCUGCUUGUCCUCGCCCUUACACAGAGGGGGUUCAACGGCUCGUCCCUCCCCUUCGUGCUCGUGCACCUUCCCACAUGCCCCUCACGUCCAUGCUCAGCAGGGCUGCAGGGGACUCACGUCAGGCUUAGCAAAGUGUGUCAUGAAUUAUCGUCCACUUACUGGGCGUGUCGGGCUCUGUGGGGUGAACACGGUGCCGAGGUUCACGUGUGCCCAGCCAGGAAGGAGCCCCACGCCUCCGGGAGAGCCUGCUCUGUGCCGGUAGACUGGUCCAGCCUGUGGGUUUGGGUUCGGUCCUGUUAAUUUGGGUCAUAUCUGUGUGCUCUGUUGACCUAGGACCCUGGGCCCUGCCCGUGUGUGGCACGUUGACCCUGUACCUAGAUGUGCUCUUGUUUUAUGUCUGAUGUGUGUUUAUUGCCCUGGGAGGACAGUGUUGACACAGGUGAAACUCCCUGCCACGCGACACGGGAGGUGGCGCUGCACAUCCAUGCGACACGGGAGGUGGCGCUGCACAUCCACGCGACACGGGAGGUGGCGCUGCACACGUUUCUGUGCAGCCUUGCUCCAUCGCUCACCUCGGACGUCGGUGUCGCUUGUUGGAAGGAGCUCCUGGUCUGACCGCGCAGAACAAACUCCUCGCGGGGAUGUCUUUGCGGCCGCUCCCUUAGCGUCUCCACCGCCCCCUGCGGACGCCCCCUGCAGGGCUGUGGUCCCGAGACGCGGAUUCGGCAGCGUUCUGUCACGUCAGUGGGGGUGAUGUGGAUUGAGACGAACACUGGGAUCAGUGGCUUUUUGCUUUUAAUGUUUUACAACAUGAAGAGAGUAACUAAUUGCAGCGGCCACAGCAGGCCUGCCAGACAGCAAAGGAGAGCAAGGAGCAACAGCCUGGGAGCAGGAGCGGGACCUGGACCUCCCUCCUGGGACGCUGCUCGGGGCAGGCGUGGCUGUGACUCAGAGCCCGGGUUAGUGUUCCAGGGUUUGUGGCCGUUGUUCGUGAACGAAGUGUGAUGACUGCUUAUGUUACAGUCUCUGUGUUUUAGCAAAUUGAUAAAGUGAGUUAAAAUUUCUUACAGGAAAGCUUAGCUUUUUGUGGCAACGUUUUAAUACCUUGUGUGAGCUCCUUUUUUAUUUAAUGCUUUUAAACCAGUAUUUUGCACAGUCGUGACCACAUGUGACGGUGUCACUACCCGUGUGUGCAUCUGUCGUGUCCUCCGAUAGCACGCGUUAGAUCCCCAGCACCAGGGCACUCUGGGGGACGUGGCGGCCCAGCAUGCCUCCCGUGGCCGCCCGCCCGCGGGGAGCCAGGUCGGGGCCCGGCCGCGGCCUCUGCCCCGUCGUGCCGUCGCGGAGGGCUGUAUUGUGAAAACUAACCCUGUGACUAACCUGCACCUUCUCAGAAAGUCUGUGACCCUGUGCAGUAAAUAAAGUGGAAUUUACCA